CUCGACGUCGCCAUGUCAUCGACGAGAGCGCGGCGGAGCGGCGGCCGGCAGUUCGCGGCGGGCGGCCGGUGGCGGCACGUGGCGGUGGUGGACACGGGGUGCCGGUGCCGCCCGCGCCGCCCGAGGCUGGCGUCCUUCCUCUGGCCGUCCACGAAGCCGCCGGUGACGAGGAGCAGCAGCAGCUCCCAUCCGUCAUCCUUCGUCCCCUCCUCCGCCUCCGCCCACGUCUACAAGCACCACCAGGAGCCCUACGGGGUGACGGCAAAGGCGUCGGCGCUGGUUGCGGCGAAGAAGGUGGGCAGCAAUCCGGCGAAAAAGAGGCCCGAGAAGAUGGCGGCGGCGGCCGAGGAGGAGGAGGUUGGGGUGGCGGUGGAGAAGGAGUCGUCGGAUCCGCGGGCCGACUUCCGUGACAGCAUGGUGCGGAUGGUGGUGGAGAUGGGGCUCUGCGACUCGGACGGCCUCCGCUCCAUGCUUCGCCGCCUGCUCGCCCUCAACGCGCCGCGGCACCACGCCGCCAUCCUCGCUGCCUUCGCCGAGGUCUGCGCCCAGCUGGCCUCGGAGUCUCCAGCGCCGCCGCCUCCGGCGUAUCAAUACACGAGUGACGAGUGACCAUUCGUCGGCUCGGCAAGCCGGCCGGCCAGGUCGUCUGCUCGUGUUUCUGUUCUGUGUGGGACUCGGUCCCGAGAUCCUGGCACCACCUGGUGUACACAUAAACCUGCGACUACCAAUAGUGUCGUAUAAUGUGUGUGCUUGUGUGGCCUUCAGUUUUGCAUGAAGGCCACCAAGGAAACUUGUUAAUUAUAAUCAGCUCAAAUAUGUAACUAUUUGUGCGGUUAGCAGUGCUGUGUUUAUUAUUCUAUACAUGCAUUUGGCACUUUCUAGUGUUUAUAUAUCAAGUCUGUGUGUACCAGAGGGCCGCUUUUCAUUCGUGGGAUUAACUCUGUUCUAUCUACUCGAUCCGUCCUAUUUACUCGUCGCAGAGGUGAAUAUAAGUGGAUGUAUAUAAACUAAAAUACAUCCAGGUACAACCAUUUUUACGAUAAGUAAUUUCGGACGGAGGGAGUAUUAGAUUAUUUUGGUCGGUUGUUUUGCUUUGUUUUUACUUUAUCUGGGUUGGUUUAAGUUUUGAUUAUGUUAUGACAAUGUUUAUUGUUUGUAUAGUGUGCUAGUCUGCUGUUGAGACAGUAUUUGUUCCGAGAAGAGAGUGAAAUUGUUUGGUGCAUGGUUGUAGUGUCUUUACACGUUUUGGCCUCGGUGUCUGUCGAUGUAGUUGUGUGAGCCCCUUAAGAGAUUUGUCUUAAGUCAAACUUCAUAUAGUUUAACAAAGUUUAUAUGAAAAAAUAUCUACAUUCACAAUACCAAAUCAAUACCAUUAGAUGCAUCAUAGGGCUAAUUUGUAUAUUGUACACCUUUAGUAUUUGAGAUGUUUAUAUUUUUAAAUAUAAGUUUGUCAAACUUUAUGGAGCUCGACUUAGGAUAAAACUAGUAUGCAGAGGAAAAAAGAGCGGAGGGAGUAUUAACAUUGUAGUAACAACUGCACGGCAUAAAAAUAUCAAUAGCACAGACGUGGGUUUCAAACAGUAGACCUAUUGAAGGGGAGCAGUGCAGCCUACCAGUGGGUUAGACGAGGGGUUGUUUGUUAGCUAGGAUUCCACCUUAUUUAUAUAAAACAAUUUAAAAUACAGAAAUAUUUCAAACGAAACAGUUCUUUUUUUUUUGCUCACACACGAAAUUUGGUCAUUUUUUUCUUGAUUGCUGCUAUAUAAGGCUCAUAUGCGCCAUCCCAUGAAGCUCUUGCUCGCUCAGGAUGGCUCCCUUCUCCUCUCGCUUGUUUAGCUUUUUUUCACUUGCUCCGUUAAUAACUCGGAGAAAAACUGACUAACAUUUUUUAUUAGAUUUUUAAAAUCAAAAGAUGUACACAGAUUAAAACAAUAUUGCAUUUCAACAUUAUGUGAAUUAAAAACAGCGGAUUUAAAAAACACUGAAUUAAAAAACAUUCAUGGAUUUAAAAAAUGCAAAAUUGAAAACGAUUUUAAAACUAAUAAAUGUUCACUAACUUUAAAAUUAUUUUUGAACUUUACAAAUAUCCAUUGAUAAAUGUUCAUAAAUUUUAGAAAAUGUUUUCAUAUUUUAUAAUGUUCACAAUUUGAAUAAAUGUUCAUGGAUUAAAAUUUGUAAAAAGGAGAAGGAAAAAACGAAACCCAAAUCACUUAACCAACUACACACACUCAUAGAGGGACGCCUUAGCGACCCCACAAACCCCAACGCAUCAGGAGGCUCCAAAUCAUGUAAGUUUAGUAUCUUAAUAGAUUUGUCUUGUAAUACUUUUAUUUAUUGUGUGGUGUGAUACUAUGUUUAUCUUAUUGUAAGACUAUGUGCUGCCGCUAUCUCCAUGGCCAAGAUAUGUUAUGCUUUAUGUGUUAUCCAUUUUCUCUUUGUCUUACAUGCUUUGCUCUCUCACCACACCUCUUGCAUGUGAUCCUUGCAUCGUCUUUAAAUAUCUUGUUGAUGCCUCUCGAUCUUGCUUUGUUCAAGUUGCUUCUUAAGAUCCUCAAUAUCAGUUUCAGCUUUGCAAGAUUUAUUGGUAGAUCUCAACCUGCACCUCAUUGAACUCUCCAUCUCCCUAAGGUUUUCAUCAACCAAAACUUCAUUGUUAAAAGUGGCUACUAUAAAGGAACCGGAUUAGGAGCACUCGGGUGCU